AUGCCCCUAACUGGCGUACCUCUGCUUGAGUGCAUCUGCUGGGACAAAGAUAGAUUUGGCAAAGACUACAUGGGCGAAUUUGAUAUUCCUAUUGAAGACAUCUUUGCUAAUGGCCAGAUACAGCAAGAGCCAAAAUGGUACAGACUUAAAUCACGCAGGUCCACCAAAAAAGGGAGCACUGUUUCGGGAGAGGUGCUGAUGCAGUUCUCCAUUGUUGAUUCGGCAAACCCUUCGGCCAGCCCUGAGGAGAUCAGGAGAAAGUUUCAGGCGUACAUAGGGGCCGAAGACGAGGACGACGAUCUCUCACGUGCGCCCACGAACAUAGACAACGAAAUCGGUGACGAGGAGGUAGAUGAUCUGGACGAGGAUCUCGAGUCGGUCACUGAGAGCGAUACCACGCAAAAGCCCAGUACAGUAGUGGACAAGAAAGCGAAGAAGAGAAGACUGGCCCGCCUCCGCCGCAAAUCCAUCGCAGCAAGAGCAUACAACUUCCUUGGCGCCGACAACGACACUAACGGUGUUAUUUUCCUCGAGGUUGUCAAGAUCACCGACCUGCCUCCUGAACGCAAUAUGACGAGGACAUCUUUCGACAUGGACCCGUUCGUGGUUAUCGCCUUGGGUCGGAAGGUUUUCAGGACAAAGGUUAUCCGCCAUAAUCUCAAUCCAAUCUUCAAUGAGAAGAUGGUCUUCCAGAUCCUGCGACAGGAAACUGGCUACUCCUUGACGUUUACUGUCAUUGACCGUGACAAGCUGUCUGGCAACGACUUUGUUGCGUCCACCACCUUCCCGAUCCAGAAGAUCAUUCAAUCUGGCCCGGAAGAAGACCCAGACACUGGUCUCUAUGAUCUCCCCGACCCUCCGGAAUAUUCGCCAGCCAUGGCACAAAAAGAGGGCAAAUCGAGAUUUCGCAUUCCCUUAUCGCGCACCUCUUCCGCCAGCAGUUUAUCAAAGUUGUCACGACCGAGUUUCAAGAGGGAUGAUUCUCAAUCAUCAGUGUCGAGCACGAGCGUCAAUGAAACAGCCCGUCCACCAGCGCCGACAAGUGCUCCGACAGAUACUAGCGGAAACACCUUGAAAGUUCCAGGGCCGCCCGUGGAUAGUGCCGUGGUUCAAUCUGCGGAUGACCCUACCAUGGCUUCGUACGUUAUCCCCUUGGAACUGAAGAACAAAGAAAGGUGGGAAGCCAAGCACAAUCCAGAACUGCACAUCCGUGCACGGUACUUGCCCUACAAGGCGCUCAGACAGCAGUUUUGGAGAGCCAUGUUGAAACAAUAUGACACUGAUGACAGCAAACGGAUCAGCAAGAUCGAAUUCAUGGCCAUGCUUGACACGCUAGGCUCGACCUUGAAAGAGUCGACCAUUGAUAGGUUCUUUGAGAGAUUUGCGUCGGAGAAUGGGGACGCUGGAGAGGAAGAUCUAACUUUUGACCAAGCCGUCAUCUGCCUUGAAGAGCAAUUGCAGAGAGUCAGUUCCAAAAAGUCAUUUACAGAUAAAAUUAAAGACAGCUUCGGGUCCAGCGGUCAGAACACCCAAGAACCUGUUUCCUUGACCAAGACUGAAAGCGACUCGGGGUUGUCGGGCGUCUCUACCAUUGAACAGCGUCAAACUGGUUCCGCAGGGGAGGAGGGAAAGCUUCUUCCGAACGACCUACUCGAUGAAGGGGACGAGGAAGAACAUGUGAUUGAAAUCCGAGAAUGCCCAAUCUGCCACCAGCCCGAUCUGAACAGGCGGACAGAGGCAGAAAUAAUCACCCACCUUGCGACCUGCGCCAGCUCAGAUUGGCGGCAGGUGAACAACCUGGUCAUGGGUGGCUUUGUUACUUCCAGCCAGGCGCAGCGCAAAUGGUACUCUAAAGUCAUCACCAAGAUCAGUUAUGGUGGAUACAAGCUAGGCGCUAACAGCGCGAACAUUCUUGUCCAGGAUCGCCUUACGGGUCAGAUCAAUGAAGAACGCAUGUCUGUCUACGUUCGGAUUGGCAUUCGGUUGCUUUACAAGGCACUGGGCGCGCGGGAAAUGGAAAAGAAACGCAUCAAGAAGUUGCUGCGGUCACUGUCCAUUAAGCAGGGCAAGAAAUAUGACGAUCCUGCCUCGGUGGCUCAGAUCGAACCUUUCAUCGCCUUUCAUCGACUGGACAUGUCGGAAGUCCUAUUGCCCGUUGACCAGUUCAAGAACUUCAACGAAUUCUUCUAUCGAGCUCUGAAGCCGGGUGCUCGACCUUGCAGCGCCCCUGACCGACCAGAAAUCAUUGUGUCUCCGGCAGAUUGUCGGACGGUGGUCUUCAACACUAUUGAAGAUGCCACGCGGAUCUGGGUCAAGGGCAGGGAUUACAGUCUCGAAAAGCUGUUUGGCGACGCGUAUCCUCUGGAGACAAAACGGUACAAAGGGGGUAGUAUGGGCAUCUUCCGUCUUGCGCCACAAGAUUAUCACCGUUUCCACAUCCCGGUUGAUGGCACCCUGGGCACACCAAAGCCCAUCGAGGGCGAAUAUUACACCGUGAAUCCCAUGGCGAUCAGAUCGGCCCUAGACGUCUAUGGUGAGAAUGUCCGCGUGCUUGUUCCGAUCGACUCGGUGGCUCAUGGUCGAGUAAUGGUUGUCUGCAUUGGAGCCAUGAUGGUCGGUUCUACAGUGAUUACACGAAAGCCAGGAGAGCGGGUCAAGCGGGCGGAGGAGUUGGGGUAUUUCAAGUUCGGUGGCAGCACCAUCCUUCUUUUCUUUGAACCCGGCAAGAUGGUCUAUGACGAAGAUUUGGUUGAAAACAGUAAGGGAGCUCUGGAGACUUUGGUCCGGGUCGGCAUGUCCGUGGGCCACUCGCCGCACGUCGAGCCACAUAAACCAGACAUGAAGAAAGAUGAAAGCUCCAUUACACAAGAGGAACGACAGGAAGCUAGACGAAGGAUUGAGGGAAGUAUUGCCCCUGAGAGUGAUCAAGGAUCAAGUUGGCUCCCCGGCUCUACCGACAAAAAGGCAAUGCUGGGUGCCCUCAACCCGGCAAACAUCCACUGA